UAUAAAUCUCGCUCACGGUGUGGAAAGAGCUUUUGGAUUAGGUCGCGGUCAGGCCAGAUAGGCCGGGGUCCCUCUGCAAAGGGCACGAGUCGCGAACGUCGUCGUCGUCGUGUUCUCCGCGUUCGCGCAGAGACUUGGUUCAACAACCUGAUCGGGCAUGCUUAAGGUUUCCCGGGGUCUCUCUCGACGAUGUGGGACAGAUAGGAGGCGGUCUCGAGCGCGACCGGCGAAGAAGUCGAGGCGUGCGAAAUGACGGCGAAUUAUUGUACCCGAGAAAGAGGAGAGCCCGGGGUAGGGAAACGCCGUCGUCGUCGUUGCUGCCGCCGCCCUCACCGUCACCACAGCCAGCCGCCGCAGCCACCGAUGAUGGUUGUCAUGGAGGUCAACGUCGGUUGUUGCCCCGGCCCCUUGACGUCGCUUGGUCCUCGGUUCGGCGAUAAAACGGCGAGGAACGAUGGAAGAUACCGCGCGACAUCCAUCGCGUCCUUCGUGGAAUCGAUGUCCGCUUCCGCCGGAAAUUCAAGGGAAGAAUCGCCGCUCGUAUCCGAGAUGAGUUUGCCCGUCACCGCUCUCAGGAUCGAGGAGACGGUCUACAGAGGGGAAGGAAACGCCAAUAUCGUCGUCGCGCUGCCGCAGGAGCGCAAGGUAAUACGAUUCCGGAAGUCGUCGCCGGGCGAGGUUUCACCGGAUGGCGGCGAAGCACGCGUGUUACGGGAGGUGGGCUUCGCCAGUAACGUGGUUUCCUGUUUCUUCGGAUCUUACAUGCAUAUUCCCGAAAUCGUACGUUGCGAUGCGGCCGAUAUCACGAAAUUGUCGGACACCAUCCGCCAUUGUCGACCAGAGAAACGCCGACACAAGGAGAUCACGGACUUAUACGCCAUGAAGUUUCCGGAUUACACGUUUUUGGAUUCGCGUCUUCUAUUCGACGAGACCGUCUUUCGAGGCCGCUCGUCGUUCUGCGUGGAGAUAAAGCCGAAGCAGGGAUACUUACAACAGGCGGAGCAGCGGAUCCUCAGAUGUCCGUAUUGUCUCAUCCAGUACGCCAAGUUGCGGAGAAAGAGUGUCUCAGUUCGCAGCAAUUACUGCCCGUUCGACUUGUUCUCCGGCGUGGACACGCGCAUGAGAGCCGCCGUGGAGGAGCUGCUGAAAUCACCGCAGAACAACCUGAAGAUUUUCAGGGACGGCCUCGUCGUUUACGACCACGAGUCUCAGCCGGGCGAUCUCGAGGACGUGUUGAGCCAGUGGUUUCACAAUGCAGCGACGUGUGGCAACGGGCGUGCUGGCGUCGACGAGUUCUGCAAUUUGGUGUGUACCGCCCUUAUGCGGCCUCUCGCCCAAGAGCAGCUGGAGCCGCUGCUCGCCGCCACAGGUCCCGUCCGUCAUCUUCCCCUACCCGCGAAUCAAAUGUCGACAUUCUGCGCCGAGCCGAGCGCGGUCGUGAGAGCCGAGAGGUGCCUUCGUCUCACAGGAAAGGUCUGCAAUUUCGACGGCGACGUGUUGCCGAGAGGCUCGGUGCUGGAGCGGGUCUGGAACAUUCAGCGGUUGUCCUACACGAGUACCAGUUACAUCCACAGCAUCUACUCGAAAUUCGCGCCGUUGCUGAGCGAUGACAUGAUAUACUCCAAUUUGACGAACCUGCAAGAAAACUACAUUUCCACCGACGUCACCUGCGCUUCGUCCAAAAAACAUAAGGGAUUUUUUGAGAGACGAUCCAUCCAGACGAAAUACGACGAUGGAGACCGCAGCGCUGCCGAUUCGGAGCGUAUCUUAUCCGCCAACAGCGACAAAACGCACGUGAAUGGCGGCUUCGUAUCGCAAACAGGAAUUAGGCGCAACUUCGAUUCGAAGCAGUUAUUUUGUGAGAGGAACGAGAACGCGCAUAAUCAGACAGCCGACAACGAGGGUGACCGGCGAAAGGUGGACGCAUCGAUCACCGCCGAGCACUUGUUGGCAUUGCAAAAUUAUCUUUUGUUCGCCACAGUCAGAGAUUGUUCGAUAUUAAUGACCUUCCGUGAAUUGCAUCCAGGAAACGCGUGGAGAGUGCCCGUGGAGAAUAUGAUCAAGCUCUCGGAGCAACUCUGCUUUCUGAGCAGCGUUCGAGUCUCGGACCUGGAUCCGAAGAGUGUUCACUCCAUCGAAAAGCACCGACAACGGGACGUGGACAUCUUCGAUGCUGUGAUUUCCUCGUUAGAAGAGGACAUUCUAGUUAAGAAUAGAUGAUAAUGUGUAUCGCGCGAGACGCGACGCCGGCAACGAUACAGUAUUUAUGGACGAGGGAUCUUGUGUUAUUGUAUGCGCGACGAUACCGGUUACAAAGUGCGCCAUUUUUUCUUGUCUAUGUGAUUCUACUUGUAAGGUUCGCACGCGUUUAGAAGCGAGAAUAAAUCGAUGCUGUCGGGCUCGUCAAUUGGUGCGAUAGGUUAAACAGUUUACUUUCGCAUAUGUGUAGAUGGCGAAUUUAUGUAUGCACAAGCCGCGCUCAACGAACAAAUGAAUUACACAGAUCCUGGGGCUGCAAAACUACUACUUAAUUUUAAUCCUCUGCAGUCGAACGGCGAGCUGGACUCGCUGAAGCAUUUUUUUUCUCAGGAUUAGGAAGUAACGCGUCGUUUGCAACGUCCUGAACAACAUGUAUGUCUAAAAGACGUCUUUAAGACGUCGUAGGACGUUAAUGUUAUCUGGGACCGUUACCGUUAUAUAUUUAUUUCUUCAGUAGCGGCUUGUGGUAACAAUUAAUUUUCCGUUCGUAGUAUAAUAGUUGCAAUUUUUUUCUGGGUAACGAACAUAAUCGUUACUUCGUGCAUGUGAGAUUUUCGUGUGCAUAUUCAACGCAAAUUGGUCGGCCGACCGUUUGUCCAACGUUCGGCCCAAUAUUGAGCAACGGUUAGCCAACCAGUUCGUGCUUCUCGGGUAGGAUGGACGGCGGCGAAUCGUAACGAAAGGUCUUCUCAAAACUCAGCGAGAAAGUUAACGGGAAUUGUAACGAAUCGUUACUUUUUGAGUAAGAGAUGAUUUUUUUCCAAUGCGUAACGAGCAUGGCAAGUAACCAGUUACCUUUAACACGUUCCAUGCCGCGUGAGCAACCGGUGGCCCACGCUCAACUGUCUGUCCAGUUUGAUAUAUACUGGGCUUAAAACGAGAAACGUAGUCAUUACGAAACCAUGUUAUUUGAGCAAAUAAUUCAGUCAUCAUGAUAGGACAACGUGGGGCACCACCGGUGCAGCCCACACGGCAUGGAUGACAAGUCACGCGAAUUUAGUCCCGCACGGGACGCGUUAAAAGUAACUUUCCCAAUGCUGACUAUCGCAGGAUUUUCCGAGCAUACGCAUUAUUAAUUUGUUAUUUAUUGACUAUUCAAAGGAGCGGAAACGAUGUGUCAAACCGGUUUUGCCACUGUGAUAGCUCUACAUUAUAAAUGUCCAGAAACGAACGUUUGAAGCGAAAACGUGUGUGUCAAGAUUAUUCCGCCGGCUAGAGCCAGUUAGUUCGUCGCGUCGUAAACUUAGAACAGCUGCGAUUAAUAAGAGAGCUAUCGCUCGGCCGCAUUUCGACCUUAGAGGGGAACUCAUAGAUCUAUAUUAAUAAAUAUAAAAGUCGUUACUGGAAACUUAUCUCACGUGAGAUACUCGGCUUUGAAUUUAAGGGUGAAUUUCAGUUUCUGAGUCGAAUCAUGUGAUACUCGUGAUAUUAUAUUUAUAAUCGCGAUUCAACUGAUAAACAUCUGAUUCUAAAGUCAAACCUAAACACCUCGCUUGAGACAAGUUUCGAGUAAAAGUCCACGUUACUUUCAAAAUUUAUAGAGUGUAUCUAAUAUAUUAGCGAUUGUUGAAAAGGAAAGUAAAGUUACUCGUGGCGCAAAUUUUAUACGCACGUUUUUGCGUAUAAUUUCUUGUUACUACUUUAGAUAUUAUAUUUAUAUUUCGUUUGAUUUUUCAAUGUGCGAAAAGAACAACUUGGCUGGGCUGGUAGUGUUACGAAUCAGCCGGGAUUUCAAGUAAUUUAAUUUCUUAUUCUCCGAUUUGAGUGUGCGAAGAUCUGAUAGUCACAAGACUUUUAAUUGGAUAUAAGUUUAAUUUUAAUUCGAUAUAAGAUAUAAAAGUUAACAGGCUGUUCAAAUUGAAUCUUAGUGUCUCUUUCUUAGGUCGAGUAAGAAAUGUGGAAGCAAACAGCUCUCAUAUUGGAAAUGCAAAUACAUAUAUUCGCUUCUCAAACUUGA